GUUCAGGGCUCCACACUUCCCUACUACAGUGGAGCAGUGCCUGACCCACCUUUACCAGUCCUCAGGGAGCGUUUCACUGGAAAAGCAUCACCAUGCCUAAAGUCUUAGUGCCAGCAGAGGGAGGAAGUCAAGAGAAGACCGAUGACAAGAUGCGGGCCUUCGCGGAGGUAGUCUUUGCGUCUGAGACCAAAGACGAGGACAUCCGCGAUGAGAUCUCUUUGUUUGAUGUGGCUGAUGACUGCCCCAUCCUCCACGAGGAGAUGGCCCACCAUCUGCACACUGAAGAUGAUGCUGAGAAACGUAAGAGGCAUCAGCGGUGCCGCACCCUUACCGUGCCCGUGGCCUCUGCCAAGGCAACUAUUGCCCCUGUAGUGUCAGUGGAGGUGGACACCCCCACCUACCUGGAAGUGCCUGACUUCCAGAGAGUGGCCAUCAUCGGAGACUACGCCUCCGGGGUGACCAUGGAUGACUUUGAGCUGUCCUGUAAGGGUCUGUACCGUGCCUUGACCAUCAGGGAGAAGUACAUGAGGCUGGCCUACCAGCGCUUCCCGCGGACAGCCUCCCAGUACCUGCGUGACAUCGAGGGAGGGGUCUUUAAACCUGAAGAUCAGGUGCAGCCAGUCUUCACAACACCUCCAAGUAAUGGUGAAGAUCCCUUUGAUACCAAGGACCUGCCAAAGGAUCUGGGAUAUGUCGCUCGUAUGAAGGAUGGUCUCAUCUAUGUGUACAACGAUGCUGCAGCCGCUGACAAACAUCAGCCCAAAGACCUGCCCUGCCCUGACUACAACACCUUCAUCGACGAUAUGAACUUCCUCAUUGCUCUCAUUGCACAGGGCCCAACUAAGACUUACUGUCACCGUCGUCUGAAGUUCCUCAUGUCUAAGUUCAAUGUGCAUGAGAUGCUGAAUGAGAUGGAGGAGAUGAAGGAGCUGAAGAUGAACCCCCACAGGGACUUCUACAACUGCAGGAAGGUGGACACCCACAUCCACGCUGCUGCCUGCAUGAACCAGAAGCACCUGCUGCGCUUCAUCAAGAAGUCUUACCGCGUGGAUGCUGACCGCGUCGUGCACAACCUUAAAGGGAGAGAGGUCACUAUGAAGGAGCUCUUCGAGUCCCUUCACCUGCACCCUUAUGACCUCACCGUGGACUCCCUGGAUGUGCAUGCUGGCAGACAAACCUUCCAGCGCUUUGAUAAGUUCAAUGCCAAGUACAACCCUGUUGGAGCCAGCGAGCUACGUGACUUAUACCUGAAGACAGAGAAUCACAUCAGUGGAGAGUACUUUGCUACCAUCAUCAAGGAAGUAGCCAGUGACCUGGAGGAUGCCAAGUACCAGUAUGCUGAGCCUCGUCUGUCCAUCUAUGGUUGCAACCCUAACGAGUGGACCAAGCUCUCCGGCUGGUUCGUCAAGCACAGGGUCUUCUCCCCAAACCUCAAAUGGAUGAUUCAAGUUCCCAGGAUCUAUGACAUUUUCAGAGGCAGGAACUUUGUGCCCCACUUUGGCAAGAUGUUGGAGAACAUUUUCCUUCCUGUGUUCCAGGCCACCAUCGAUCCACAGUCCAACCCAGAUCUCAGCAUCUUCCUCAAGCAUGUGACAGGUUUCGACAGUGUGGACGAUGAGUCCAAGCACAGUGGUCACAUGUUCUCCACUAAGAGCCCCAAACCAGAGGAGUGGGACAUCGUCAAGAACCCCUCCUACACCUACUACAUCUACUACAUGUAUGCCAACAUCGCUGUGCUCAAUCAGCUCCGCAGACAGAGGGGGAUGAACACAUUCACGUUCAGGCCUCACUGUGGUGAGGCUGGUGCUGUCACCCAUCUGCUGGCUUCCUUCAUGACCGCUGAUAACAUCUCUCACGGCCUCAACCUGAAGAAGAGUCCUGUGCUGCAGUAUCUGUACUUCUUGACCCAGAUCCCCAUCGCCAUGUCCCCUCUCAGCAACAACAGCCUGUUCCUGGAGUACGCCAAGAACCCCCUGCUGGAGUUCCACAAGAAAGGCCUGGUGGUUUCUCUGUCCACCGACGACCCCAUGCAGUUCCACUACACCAAGGAACCUCUGAUGGAAGAGUACGCCAUUGCAGCCCAGGUCUUUAAGCUCAGUACCUGCGACAUGUGCGAGAUCUCCAGGAGCAGUGUGUUGCAGAGCGCCCUGUCUCACGAGGAAAAGUGCCACUUCCUGGGUCAAGAUUACCUGAAGGAGGGUCCAGAGGGCAACGACAUCCGUAAGACCAAUGUGGCCCAGAUCCGUAUGGCAUAUCGCUUUGAGACCCUAUGCUAUGAGCUCAACCUCAUCAAGGAGGGGUUGAAGUCUGAGUAAACACUCAAAUCUGACUUACACCAGAACUCGUCUCUGUUGUGAUGUAGAAAACUUUCUACAGUCACAUGUAGAAAACUUUCUACAUCACACAAUUGUUUUUCACAGUAACUCUUAAAAAAGAAAGAACCUUAUGUUAUUCACUGUGUAUCAUCUGUACAUCUUAUCCAGUUGACUUGUACAUUACAGUGUGUGCAUCCCGUAUGGAGAAACAUCUUGUAUGAGAAUGAAAGGAAAUAAAAUGUGAAAUAACAAGUGUC